AUGUUGAAGAUGCAGUCUGACUUGGAACGGGAUCGUGAAGUGAGGGCAAGUAAUGACCAUAUGCGUCAGAUGGAGUUAUUGCACUCCGGAAGUCAGAGACGAGACAGCCAGACCCCUUGUGUUGUUAGAGGACCAAAACUCCCUUCUUUCGAGGAAGGUAGGGAUAACAUCGAUUCAUAUCUUCAGCGAUUUCAACGAUUUGCUACUACACAAAAAUGGGAUAAAGCUACUCAAUGGGCUCCGAACCUGAGCGUGCUUUUGAAAGGUAAGGCCCUGGAUGUAUUUACCAGGUUACCAGUUGAUCAAAGUAUGGAUUAUGAUGUACUUAAGAAUGCUCUUUUAAAACGAUUUGAGAUGACAGAAUAUGGAUUCCGUAGACGAUUUAGAGAGGGCAGACCAGAGAAAGGUGAAACAUUCAGUCAGUUUGCUGUGCGACUAGAGAGCUAUUUUCUUCGAUGGAUGGAGAUGGCCGGAUCAGGGAAGUCGUCUGAUGAGCUGAAGGAUUUGAUGCUUCGUGACCAAUUUGUUUGUGCGUGUGGAAAUGAUUUAACAUUGUUUCUUAAGGAACGUGUUCCUUCUUCGGUAAAGGAAAUGGCUAAGCUAGCGGACCAAUAUGCUGAAGCCAGAGGUGACGCAAGUAGUUUAUUGAAGCCUCGAACAGGUGGACAGAAGUUGUCGCAAAACAGCUCCAGUAAGGAAGGACAUCACCAGUCAAGUAAAGCGUUUGGGACGUCUACAGAGGACAAGGACAAACAGCGCUCCGGAAGUUCGGGAAAGCAUUGCUUCAUAUGCAAGAAACCGGAUCAUCUGUCCUACAACUGUCCGCGUAAGACAAAGAAGGGUGAAGUUCAUUGUGUUUCCUCGAAGACGAGUCAGAAAGGUAGAGGAAAGAAUUCCAGUAUGCAGUCUGAUCCAAAUCUAGUUACUACUUCCUGUGAUACAAGCGUUUGUAUGCCUGUCGUUAAGGGACGAAUAGGCGGUAAGGAUGUGGAUGUGUUGAGAGAUACCGGUUGUUCUGGUGUGAUCAUUAGGAACUCUUUCGUACAGGAGACCGAUUUAACUGGUGAAAUACAGAUUUGCAUUCUGGCAAAUGGACAAAGGAUAAGUGUACCAGUAGCUAAUGUUGUUGUACAAACACCUUACUACAGUGGAACCGUGCGUGCUUGGUGUAUGCAGAGUCCUGUGUAUGACAUUAUACUAGGGAAUAUCGAGGGUGUUAGACCAGCCGAUAACCCAGACCCAGGUUGGAAUAGUGAUGUGAAGAGUGCGAGUGCGGUGCAGACAAGAGCCCAGAAGGAGAGGGAAAACCGUCCAUAUCGAUCACUCAAGUACCCAAGGCUGUUUCAGAUUUGGGAUCACCAGCAGAUAUAAAGUCAGCUCAGGAAAAUGAUGACAGUUUGCAGAAGUAUUGGGAACUUGGCUAAAGAAGGGUCAGUUAAGUAUCGUUCCGAUGGUGGACAGUCAAAGUUUUAUAUCAACCAUGGACUAUUGUUCAGAGAGUUUUAGAGUGCCAAUGGUCAGUUGUUUAAACAGUUAUGUGUACCAACUAAGUUUAGACCAACAGUGCUACAGCUGGCACACGAGUCAAUGAUGGCUGGUCACAUGGGUGCAAAAAGGACUACGGAGAGGGUAACAGCAGAAUUUUUCUGGCCAGGACUUAUAGCGGAUGUCACAAGGUUUUGUCGUUCCUGUGAUGUGUGCCAGAGAACCUUUCCAAAGGGAAGAGUAGGAAAAGUUCCUUUGGGAUCAAUGCCGUUGAUUGAUAUUCCAUUCCAUCGCGUGGCUAUUGAUAUAGUUGGACCUCUCGACCCUGCAACUGUUCGCGGAAAUCGCUAUAUUUUGACGAUCGUCGAUUAUGCGACCCGCUAUCCUGAAGCGGUGCCAUUGAAAGUUAUAGAGACGGAACGUGUAGCCGAAGCACUAGUAGAUGUGUAUAGCCGAGUAGGAAUUCCUCAAGAGGUUUUGACGGACCAAGGCGCACAAUUUACUUCCAAUCUCAUGAAUGAAGUCAGUCGGCUAUUGUCAAUCCGUCGCUUGAUCACUACACCCUACCAUCCAAUGUGCAAUGGACUUGUAGAGAGAUUUAACGGGACACUAAAGCAGAUGCUGCGCAGAAUGUGUUCAGAGCGUCCGCGUGAUUGGGACAAGUAUAUCAAUGCUUUGCUGUUCGCUUAUCGCGAAGUGAUGCAGGAAUCGUUGGGUUUUUCGCCAUUCGAACUAUUGUAUGGUAGGAAGAUUCGAGGACCGAUGAUGAUACUUCGGGAAUUGUGGACUAAAGAUGUUCCGGAUCCUGACACCAAAACGACGUACCAAUAUGUCAUGGAUUUGAAGGACAGACUAGAAGAAACUUGCAAGAUUGCGCAAGAACAGUUGAAGUCUGCAAAAGGUCGGCAAGCGAAGUAUUAUAACCGGAAGGCAAAGGAGAGGAAAAUGGAGGCUGGGCAAAAAGUGUUGGUUCUGCUUCCAACGAAGAGGAACAAACUUUUAAUGCAGUGGAAGGGACCCUACACAAUCGAAGAACGGAAGGGAUCUAUGGACUACAAGGUUGACAUAGACGGGAAAAGUAAGACCAUACAUGCCAAUCUUCUUCGAUUGUAUGUCGAAGAGACAGUAACUGUGUUGUAGAUGGAGAGAAAGGUGUUAUGUCAGUCGUGGCUGCAGCGAUCAUUGAGGAAGAGGGAGAUAGUGCCGACGAAGAGAUGAAUGAGGAUGCGAUGACGGCGCCAAAUGCAAUCCAAACCGAGACCAUAUAUGAUGUUUUAGUGGCAGAGUUGUUGACAUAUUCUCAGAAGGCAACGGUCAAAGCAAUGUUGACGGAGUUUGAGGACGUAGUAACCGACGUUCCGGGAAGAACUAACCUUGGAGAACAUGAUAUCCACACUUUGACAAGUACACCGGUGAGAGUGAAAAGUCACAAAAUUCCCUACAACAUGAAGACAACUAUCCAGGAGGAGGUGGGGAAGAUGCUGAAGAUGGGGGUUAUCCAGCCGUCUGAGUCGCCAUACUCAGCGCCUGUUGUAAUCGUGAAGAAGAAAGACGGUAGCAAUAGGUUUUGUAUCGACUAUCGCCAACUAAAUCGGGUAACGAUUUUCGAUGCAGAGCCUAUGCCAAAUGCAGAGGAGAUAUUCGCUCGCUUGUCUGGACAUCGUUAUUUCUCCCGAUUAGAUCUUAGUAAAGGUUACUGGCAGAUGCCAAUGGCGGAAUCAGGAAAGAAAAAGACUGCCUUUUCCACGCCAAUUGGAUUGUUCGAGUUCGUUGGUAAUGCCUUUCGGAUUGGUAAAUGCUCCAGCGACAUUUUGUCGUAUCAUGCGGAAACUACUACAUGGGUUGCCUGGAAUAGAGAGUUUCAUCGAUGAUAUUCUUGUGUAUACCAAGACAUGGGAGGAACACGUCACCAUUCUGAAGACAUUGUUUGAACGCCUACGAGAUGCGAGACUCACGGCAAGACCUUCCAAGUGUGCCUUAGGCUACGGAAGUCUUGAAUGUCCUGGACACAUUGUUGGAGAUCAACAGCUUUUGCCCAACCCAGAUAAGAUCAAGGCGAUUAUGGAUGUUCCAGCUCCAAAGACUAAAAAGCAGGUGCGGUCUUUUAUUGGUAUGGCAGGAUUCUAUCGAAAGUUUAUCCCCAAUUUUGCGGCCAUUUCAUUGCCAUUGACGGAUCUGACAAGAAAAGGUCAACCGAAUCAGGUUACUUGGCAAGAGCCUCAGGAAAGAGCUUUCCAGACAUUGAAGAAGAUGUUAUCUUCGGGGCCUAUAUUGAGAUUGGCAGAUAUUGAUCGGGAGUUCAUUUUACAGACCGACGCUUCGGAUUACGGUCUAGGAGCAGUUCUUCUUCAGGAGGAAGAUGGAAUUGUAUUCCCAGUGGCCUAUGCAAGCCGAAAGCUGAAAGGAAGUGAACGUUCUUAUGCGGUAGUAGAGAAAUUAUGUUUGGCUGUGGUAUGGGGUAUCAGCAAGUUUCAGAAGUAUCUGUACGGUAGGCAGUUCAUUCUAGAAACUGACCACCAACCCUUGAUCUAUCUGAACAAGAUGAAAGGUACUAAUGCACGACUUAUGCGUUGGUCUUUGCAAAUUCAGCCUUAUCGAUUCGUGUUACGGGCGAUAAGAGGCAAGGAUAAUGUUGGUGCUGAUUGCCUCAGCAGACUAGUAAAUGAUUCUAGGAAAUCAUUGACUGUAUUCCAGUAGACACUUUGGUUAUCUUUUGUAAAUAUGUAUAUAGACGCUGUCUGUGUGUGGUAUGUUUAAAAUAGAAUUUGCUUACAAAUUUAUUUCUCAAAAUGGGGGCAUAUGUCACACACCGACAUUUGUUGGUAAGUAUAUUAUACAUAUAGUUUGAAUUAUCGCGCGUGUAUGCACGAUAGUUAACUCAGGUAAGUACGGAAGUAGACGACUGCGCAUGUAUACAGGUGGGAAACAGAUUUCAAAUACAGGUGUGAUACAGGUGUGCGGGUUUACCAGCGUGAAAUACAGAUCACGCUUUUUCCGCUGUCAUAUCUACGAUAUGGUGAAUGCUGACGACGUCAGAAACUAUGGAAGCCUAUAUAUACUGAGCUUCAUUACUGUGGUCUACCUACUGAUGGAAACCUGUAUGGUACACACAUAUUGAUGUGUAAUUUAUGGAAACCUGUCUGGUACACACAUAUUGAUGUGUAAUUUAUGGAAACCUGUAUGGUACACGCAUAUUGAUGUGUAAUUUAUGGAAACCUUUGGUAUCGACCCAUUCCAGGGUUUAUAUUAAGGUCAUGUGAUUUGACCUGUGACAGGCUGUGUUUUUGGUACAUCUGUGUGAUGUUUCGUGGAUAUGAGGACAUACGGAAGCUGAACUACAGAUCAGCAGAUGGACUCAUUGUUCAGGAUCAUGGACAACAUUGUGUUGGAUGAAGAGGCAAAUGUUAGAUGAUGAACUGUGACAUUGUGGAAAGCUAGACUGUUUUAGGUGUUGUUCAUAGGACAGUGUAGUGUAUAUAGAAUAUAUAUAUAUAUUCUAUGUGUAAUAUAGUAUUGGCUAAUGGUGCAUAGUGUCAAUGUACAGGUGUGAGAGGAUUGUGUAUACAGUGUAUGCUUGGGGAUAUUUGCGUGUGUUAGGAUUAAUCAGCUGUAUAUAAAUAAAUAAAUGUAUAUAUUUGUAAUCA